CUUUCAACGAGGCUAAUGCUCCUGUUUUUAAUUUUGGCGGCGUUGUAACAGCAGAAGAACCGAUAGAUCGUGAAAGUUUACGUACCGUUACAGAGAGAAUGUACCAAUUUUCCUCAAAAUUUUACAAAGCUCUAAUAAAUUCGGUGGAUUCUAACGUUAUCUGUUCACCAUUAAGUGUUGGUAUUGUAUUAUCAAUGGCAGCUUUUGGGACACGUGGAUUCACAGCACAACAAUUAAGGUCUAGUCUUUAAAUGCAUGAGAAUGACGAAAUUAUUAAAAGUGGAUUUCAAUCACUUAUCACAGCCCUCAAUAGAGUUACCAGUUCAGAACUCAAGUUGGCUCAAAAAAUAUUUAUAAAAGAUGGAUUUGAAGUAAAAUCUGAAUUUAAAAAUGUCCUUAAAAGUAACUUUGAAUCUGAAGUACAAAGUUUGGAUUUUAACAACUCUGAACAAGCGAGUCAGACAAUUAAUAAUUGGUGUUCUUCAAAAACUAAUGGUCGCAUUAAAGAAGUUUUGUCACCUAGUGUUGUCCGAGAAGCACUGAUAAUAUUAGUUAAUGCUGUUUACGUCAAUGGUAUUUGGGAAUCAAAAUUCAAACUGUGAGAUACACAACCUAGGUCAUUUUACAUCGACGACAAUUCUACAAUCAAAGUAGACAUGAUGUAUCAAAAAAAUUCAUUUAAUUACGGAGUUCUCGUAGCUCUUGAUGCUACAUAUGUUGAACUACCUUAUAAGGGUUCAAAUUUCGAAGACUCAAUCAGUAUGUUUAUAAUUCUUCCGAAUAAAAACAGCGGUUUGAAAAGAGUUGAAAAUGGAUUUGACACGAUAAAUUUUAAAUUAAUGUACGAAUUUUGCAGAAAAACUGAAAUGUUUCUGUACCUGCCAAAGUUCAAAUUUGAAAGCAAGUUUUAUCUAACACAAAUUCUUCAAAGCAUGGGAAUUACUGAUGUGUUUAUAAAUGGCGCUAAUUUUUCUGGCAUUUCGGAAACUAUUCCUCUAAAGAUUGAUGAAGUUAUUCAAAAAGCAUUUAUUCAAGUUGAUGAAAAUGGAACAGAAGCUGCAGCGAUUACGGCUACAACCAUGCUGUUUGGAUCAUGUUAUCCAGCUCCUCAGCCUCUUCCUAUAACAUUCAACGUUGAUCAUCCUUUCGCAUAUGCUAUUUAUCACGGUGCUUCAAACACCGUGUUAUUUCAAGGUCAUGUAACGUCCUUACCACCGGUGGUUGACGGCCGUCAAUAAAACAAUAUGUGGAACCUGUGAAGCCAGAAUUCACAACCCCACUUUUUUUCCCCAAUAUGUUUAAAUAGAAUUGAAAAUAUUAUGAUUUAAUGUAUGAUGAUUUUGAUUUUUGAAUACAUUAAAAAUUAAUAAACCCA